CCCUUUCCCAGGCGAGGGCCCUGCUCAGCAGGCCCUGCAGGCCCUGAGCCAGCGGCUCCAGGUGCAGGAGAAGGAGAUGGAGCUGGUGAAGGCCGCCCUGGCCGAAGCCCUGCGCCUGCUGCGGCUGCAGGCGCCCCCCACCUCCCUGCAGGACCCUGGCCCGGCAGUUCCCACCAGGGCCAGCAGCCCUGCAGCCCCCCCAGGACUGCCACCCCCAUGCAGCCCCUCCUUGGUGAGCCGAGGCACCCAGACGGAGACGGAGGUGGAGAUGGAGGCAUCCCCGGGAACCCCUGGCCUGAGCAAUGGGCCCCCGGCCCCUCAGGGGGGCAGUGAAGAGCCUAGUGGAACCCAGUCUGAAGGAGGGGGCAGCAGCAGCAGUGGCACUGGCUCCCCUGGGGGCGCUGGCUCCCCGGGGGGCACGGGCUCUCCAGGCAUCCUCAGGCUUGUACAGCCCCCCCAGUGCACCGACACGGCGCGGAGAAAUUCCUCUUCAUCGCCCUCAGAGCGGCCUCGACAGAAGCUCUCCCGGAAGGCAGCGUCCUCGGCCAACCUGUUAUUGCGGUCAGGGAGCACGGAGAGCCGAGGGGGGAAAGACCCCCUCUCCAGCCCUGGGGGUCCGGGAUCUCGGAGGAACAACUACAAUUUGGAAGGCAUCUCAGUGAAGAUGUUCCUUCGCGGCCGCCCAAUUACCAUGUACAUCCCAUCUGGCAUCCGCAGCCUUGAGGAGCUGCCCAGCGGCCCACCCCCGGAGACCCUCAGCCUUGACUGGGUUUACGGGUACAGGGGUCGUGACUCCCGCUCUAAUCUGUUUGUGCUGCGUUCUGGGGAGGUGGUCUACUUUAUCGCCUGUGUGGUGGUGCUGUACCGGCCUGGGGGAGGCCCAGGGGGUCCUGGAGGUGGCGGCCAGAGACAUUACCGGGGCCACACGGACUGCGUUCGAUGCCUGGCCGUCCACCCUGAUGGUGUUCGUGUCGCCUCAGGACAGACAGCUGGAGUGGAUAAGGAUGGAAAGCCCCUGCAGCCUGUGGUUCACGUGUGGGACUCGGAGACGCUGCUGAAGCUGCAGGAGAUAGGACUGGGGGCCUUCGAGCGGGGCGUGGGGGCCCUGGCCUUUUCAGUGGUGGACCAGGGUGCUUUUCUCUGCGUGGUGGAUGAUUCCAAUGAGCACAUGCUGUCCGUGUGGGACUGCGGCCGCGGCACGAAGCUGGCUGAGAUCAAGAGCACAAAUGACUCAGUCCUGGCUGUUGGCUUCAGCCCUCGUGAUAGCAGCUGCAUUGUCACCAGCGGGAAGUCGCACGUGCACUUCUGGAACUGGAGUGGUGCAGCGGGGGUCCCUGGGAAUGGGACCCUCACGCGGAAACAGGGUGUCUUUGGGAAAUACAAGAAACCCAAGUUUAUCCCUUGCUUCGUGUUCCUCCCGGAUGGAGACAUCCUCACCGGGGACUCAGAGGGGAACAUUCUCACCUGGGGGCGGAGCCUCUCAGAUUCCAAGACUCCAGGCAGGGGCGGAGCCAAAGAGACCUAUGGGAUUGUGGCUCAGGCCCAUGCUCAUGAAGGUUCCAUCUUUGCCCUGUGUCUCCGGCGGGACGGGACCGUGCUGAGUGGUGGCGGGCGGGACCGGCGGCUGGUACAGUGGGGGCCUGGUUUGGUGGCCCUCCAGGAAGCUGAGAUUCCUGAACACUUCGGGGCUGUGCGGGCCAUCGCGGAGCGGCUGGGCUCUGAGCUGCUGGUGGGAACCACGAAGAAUGCGUUGCUGCGAGGAGAUCUGGCCCAGGGCUUCUCCCCUGUGAUNCAGGGCCACACGGACGAGCUCUGGGGGCUGUGCACACACCCCUUCCAGAACCGCUUCCUCACCUGCGGCCAUGACAGGCAGCUCUGCCUGUGGGAUGGGGAGGGCCACGCGCUGGCCUGGAGCAUCGACCUCAAGGAGACGGGCCUCUGUGCUGACUUCCACCCCAGCGGGGCGGUGGUGGCUGUGGGACUGAACACGGGGAGGUGGCUGGUUUUGGAUACGGAGACCAGAGAGAUCGUGUCUGACGUCACCGAUGGCAAUGAGCAGCUCUCAGUGGUUCGGUACAGCCCAGAUGGGUUACACCUGGCCAUUGGUUCCCAUGACAACAUGAUCUACAUCUAUAGUGUUUCCAGUGAUGGUGCCAAGUCCAGCCGCUUUGGCCGCUGUGUGGGUCACUCCAGCUUUAUUACUCACCUUGACUGGUCCAAGGACGGGAACUUCAUCAUGUCCAAUUCUGGGGACUAUGAGAUCCUUUACUGGAACGUGGGCGAAGGCUGCAAGCUGCUGAGGAAUCGCUAUGAGAGCCGGGACCGGGAGUGGGCCACCUACACCUGCGUGCUGGGCUUCCACGUCUAUGGUGAGCAGGGCCGCAGGGUGGGGGAGCGCGCCCCGGGCUGGGACUGCUGGGCGGUCCUGGGCCCCGACUCCCGCUGCCUGCUGAGGGGCAAUAAACCAAAAGCAAAGUCGCCUCCCAGUCCUUUUGUGGGGCUCGGCGGGGUGCCGCCGGGCCAGGAGGGGGUGGGGACUGCAAAUGGGAACGUGGAGGCCAAGGUGGUGUGCCUCUUCCGGCGGAGGGACAUCUCCAGCAGCCUCAACAGCCUGGCGGACAGCAAUGCCAGGGAGUUUGAAGAGGAGUCAAAGCAGCCAGGGGUGUCGGAGCAGCAGCGACAUCAACUGAAGCACCGGGAACUUUUUCUUUCUCGGCAGUUUGAGUCCUUGCCAGCCACCCACAUCCGUGGAAAAUGCAGCGUGACCCUCUUGAACGAGACAGAUAUCUUGAGCCAGUAUCUGGAAAAGGAGGACUGCUUCUUCUACUCCCUGGUGUUUGACCCCGUGCAGAAGACGCUGCUCGCCGACCAGGGGGAGAUCCGAGUUGGUUGCAAAUUCCAAGCUGAGAUCCCAGAUCGCCUGGCCGAGGGGCCGCUCUGCACGCUCGCUGCUGUCACCCCGACAGAACGUAGCCUCCAGAGCUGGAAGGGACAGUGGGCUCAGUGGGAAGAUAAGUGA